AUGCUCAGGGCGGAUCCUUCAUCAAUACUAAUACUUCUGGCAUCAAACAACGCCUUACAGGGAUUUGAUCGACCGGAUUUCUUCCACCAGCACUUUUUCCUCCAUUGCCACACUCCACCUCAAUGCAAAGAAAUAAUAGAAUAUUAUGCAAACUUUACGGGAGAAAUAGACAUAUUCCUUCCUCAUCAUGCUAUUGUCAUGGUUAAUAUCUAUGGUAGUCCACCAAAUGUACGCAGACGUUUCCACCUUUAUUGUGAUACAGACGGCUUUGUGACCGAAUAUAAACGUUAUCAACGUUCAAAACUCUGCGAACAAGUUUUCCAUAUAAACGAACUCGAAAACAGACUCUACAAAAAAGCCCAUAAGCAUAUUUUAAAUUACCUGACCUUGUUGGAUGCACUAGCUGAAGAUGGCGAUAUAGACGCAGAAGACAUAAAACUUCCAGUUUCUGAGCUUCUGUUAGCGAGUGCAGAGAAAAUCAAUGAUAUUAUCCGACAAGCAGCUGGCUUACCUGAACAACCAUAUACAAACUUGAUAGUUAUAUUCAUAAAAACAAGUAAUGAAGACUUUUUUCUUUAUGCUCACGUUCAAACUCCAACAAGCGAUCUUUAA